GGCACCCCCACAACUGAUCAGCCUGUCACAACUGAUGCAACAAGUGGAACUACUGACGGCACCCCCACAACUGAUCACCCUGCCACAACUGAGGCAACGAGUGGACCAACAGAGGGCACCCCCACAAUGAUCAGCCUGGUACAACUAAAGCAACAAGUGGACCUACUGAGGGCACCCCCACAAAUGAUCAGCCUGGUACAACUGAAGCAACAAGUGGACCUACUGAGGGCACUCCUAAAACUGAUCAGCCUGCCACAACAGAUGCAACGGGGACCAACUGAGGGCACGCCCACAACUGAUCAGCCUGGUACAACUGAGGCAACAAGUGGACCUACUGAGGGCACCCCCACAAAUGAUCAGCCUGGUACAACUGAGGCAACAAGUGGACAAACAGAAGGCACCCCCACAACUGAUCAGCCUGGCACAACUGAGGCAACAAGUGGACCUACUGAGGGUACCCCCACAACUGAUCAGCAUGUCACAACUGAGGCAACGAGUGGACCAACUGAGGGCACCCCCACGACUGAUCAGCCUGUAAUAUCUGAGGCAACGAGUGGACCAACUGAGGGCACUCCCACGACUGAUCAGCCUGUCACAACUGAAGCAACGAGUGGACCAACUGAGGGCACUCCCACGACUGAUCAGCCUGUCACAACUGGGGCAACGAGUGGACCAACUGAUGGAACACCUACGACUGAUCAGCCUGUCACAACUGAGGCAACGAGUGGUCCUACUGAGGGCACGCCCACAACUGAUCAGCAUGUCACAACUGAGGCAACGAGUGGACAAACUGAUGGCACGCCCACAACUGAUCAGCCUGUCACAACUGAGGCAACGAGUGGACCAACUGAGGGCACCCCCACAACUGAUCAGCCUGUCACAACUGAGGGAACUCUCACAACUGAUCAUCCUGGUACAACUGAGGCAACGAGUGGACCAACUGAGGGCACCCCCACAACUGAUCAGCCUGUUACCACUGAGGCAACAAGUGGACCAACUGAGGGCACGCCCACAACUGUACAGCCUGUCACCACUGAGGCAACGAGUGGCCCAACUGAGGGCACCCCCAGAACUGAUCAGUCUGUCACCACUGAGGCAACAAGUGGACCAACUGAAGGCACCCCCACAACUGAUCAGCCUGUCACAACUGAUGCAACAAGUGGACAAACAGAGGGCACUCCCACAACUGAUCAGCCUGUCACAACUGAGGUAACAAGUGGACCAACUGAGGGCACGCCCACAACUGAUUUGCCUGGCACAACUGAGGUAACAAGUGGACCAACUGAGGGCACGCCCACAACUGAUUUGCCUGGCACAACUGAGGCAACAAGUGGAUCAACUGAGGGCAGUCCCACAACUGAUCAUCCUGGCACAACUGAGGCAACAAGUAGACCUACUGAGGACACCCCCACAACUGAUCAGCCUGGCACAACAGAGGCUACAAAUCUGCCAACAGAGGGCACCCUCACAACUGAUCAGCCUGUCACAACUGAUGCAACAAGUGGAACUACUGAGGUCUUGUCCACAACUGAUCAGCCUGGCACCUGUGACAACGGAUGCAACAAGUGGAACUACUGA